AUGCAGCUCUCGACGACCUUCACUCUCCUCGCGGCUAUUAUCCCGUUCGCCCUCGGGCAGGCGGCUGAAUGGGGCCAGUGCGGCGGCAUUGGCUGGACCGGCGCGACGACGUGCGUGGCGGGCACCACCUGCACGGUCAUGAACGCGUACUACUCCCAGUGCCUCCCCGGUGCCGCUGCGCCCGCGCCGACGACGACGCCCGUGUCGCCCUCGAGCCCCGCGACCCCGCCGCCCGCGCCCGCGCCGACUGGCAGCGGCCUUAACAAGCUCGCGAAGGCGGCUGGCAAGCUCUACCUUGGCACGGCGACGGACAACAACGAGCUCACUGACGCUGCGUAUACCGCCAUCCUCGACGACAACUCCCAGUUCGGCCAGAUCACGCCCGCCAACAGCAUGAAAUGGGACGCGACGGAGCCGACGCGCGGAACAUUCACGUUCGCGGGCGGUGACCAGAUCGCGAACCUGGCGAAGACGAACGGGAUGCUGCUCCGUGGACACAACUGCGUGUGGUACAACCAGCUCCCAAGCUGGGUGGCGAACGGCCAGUUCACCACCGCAGACCUCACGACCGUCAUCCAGACGCACUGCAGCACCCUCGUCAGCCACUUCAAGGGUCAAGUUUACUCUUGGGAUGUCGUCAAUGAGCCGUUCAACGACGACGGUACCUGGCGUUCGGACGUGUUCUACAACACGCUCGGCACGUCGUACGUCCCCAUCGCGCUCAAGGCUGCACGCGCGGCGGACCCCAACGCCAAGCUAUACAUCAACGACUACAACAUUGAGCAGACUGGCGCCAAGGCGACCGCGAUGUUGAACCUCGUCAAGCAGCUCAUCGCCGACGGCGUGCCAAUCGACGGUGUCGGCUUCCAGUGCCACUUCAUCGUCGGCGAGGUGCCCCCGUCGUUCCAGACCGUCCUCGAGCAGUUCACCGCGCUCGGGCUCGAGGUUGCGAUCACGGAGCUCGACAUCCGCACGACGACCCCCGCGUCGCAGUCCGCCCUCGCGCAGCAGGAGAAGGACUACCAGACGGUUAUCCAGGCGUGCAUGAACGUCAAGGGCUGUGUUGGUGCCACUCUCUGGGACUUCACCGACAAGUACUCUUGGGUGCCCUCGACGUUCUCCGGCCAGGGUGCAGCAUGUCCUUGGGACCAGAACCUCGUCAAGAAGCCCGCGUACACCGGUAUCGUCAACGCCCUCAGCGCGUGA